GGGAAACGAGUCUUUAGGUUUCCCAAAAUGGUUGAUAACAUCAACAAUAAAUUAGGGUCAAUUAAAUCAAGCGAAGGAGGAGGGAUUAAGGAGCAAGAUAGGUUAUUGCCAAUAGCUAAUGUGGGGAGACUUAUGAAGCAAAUACUUCCUCAAAACGCCAAGAUUUCAAAAGAGGGAAAAGAAACAGUGCAAGAAUGUGUAUCUGAGUUCAUUAGCUUUGUUACUGGAGAAGCAUCGGAUAAAUGUCACAAGGAGAAGCGCAAGACAUUGAAUGGAGAUGAUAUUUGUUGGGCUAUGGGCAGUUUAGGAUUUGAUGAUUAUGUUGUACCUUUGAAGAGGUAUUUGCACAGGUAUAGAGAAUUAGAAGGAGAAAAAGCUAACCAAAAUAAGGCUGCUGCUGGCAACAACAUUGAAGAAAGACAGAAUAAUGAACGUCGUAAUUGCCAGGGAAGUUUUUAUGAUCCUUAAGAUUUGUCAAAUGACAAUAACUUUCUAGCUUGGAUUUUCUCCACUCCUUAUUUUUAUUCUUAGAGAAAGUUUUUACUCUAGUAUGUGAAAUAUUCUGUGUUAGUGAUUAUUGUAUCAUCCAAUUUUUAUGGUUGUGGAAUAUUGUUUUGAACAGGUAAUAACCUUCUGAUUCAUGUACGUUGGUUUCACACUUGGCUAGUUGGUCAUGGUUCUUGAUUGAGCUAGAAUACACUUUUUUUUUUUUUUUUUUUUAACAUACAGCCCCUCAUUGGGUACUUGAAUUGAUCACCAAAAUAUUACAAAAGGAGGAUAUGACCAUAGCUCCAAAUACAAGUACACCCUUUAACGGUUUAACCUUCGUUUUCAGACAAUUAUAUGAAGUAAUUACUUCAAGCUCAGCCCAAGACUCAUGGAGGCAAGCAAAAUUUCCUUCAGUUGCCAUGUC